AUGUUAUGUCCUCCAGACACCAUAGCUUUCCUGGGCAUCUAUUAUCGCAUCCUUACUGGACCUCUCAUUGUGGUUGCUCUGUUCGGCAUUCGCAAGCUCUUGCUCUCUUUGCAGGAUAAUCGAGGACUGCGCAAUUGCCGUCAAUGGAUCAACGAAGAUGACAAGGUGCUGCACAAGUACGGCUCUAACACGAGUCUUGUUUAUUCGGUAAUCUAA